AUGGCCCCCAAGCGUCCUCGCAAGCCUACCGCAAAGGCCAUAGCUGCACGUCAGGCUGCCGCCACCAGACCACCACCUCCACAAGAACCGCCCAUGGGACCCAUAAAGCCCAUAAGAGGGCCCUCUGAUGGACCCUUACCCCCUUCUAUUCUCGCUAUAUCUUCUGCUCAUCAGCCAGGUCCUCCAAUGGGCCCACCCACCUCGUUAGACCCGGUCCUUAAUCCCUACACCGUUCAGCUAUAA